AGCCUUCUGUAAGACAUGGAUAGAUGCAAACAUGUAGGGCGGUUGCGGCUGGCCCAGGACCACUCCAUCCUGAACCCUCAGAAGUGGUGCUGCAGGGAGUGCGCCACCACGGAGUCGGUGUGGGCUUGUCUCAAGUGCUCGCACGUGGCCUGUGGCCGCUACAUUGAGGACCAUGCCCUUAAACACUUUCAAGAGACUGGACACCCGCUAGCCAUGGAGGUCCGGGAUCUCUAUGUGUUCUGUUACCUGUGCAAGGACUAUGUGCUCAAUGAUAACCCGGAGGGAGACCUGAAGCUGCUGAGAAGCGCCCUCCUGGUGGUCAGGGGCCAGAAGCAGCACCCGCCGGGGAGGCGCGGCCGGACACUGCGGUCCAUGGCCUCAGGGGAGGACGCGUCUCCACCGCUGCGCACUCCUCAGGGACAGCCACAAAUGCUCACGGCUCUGUGGUACCGGCGCCAGCGCCUGCUGGCCAGGACGCUGCGGCUCUGGUUCGAGAAGAGUUCCCGGGGCCAGGCGAAACUGGAGCAGCGGCGGCGGGAGGAGGCACUGGAGCGCAAGAAGGAGGCGGCGAGGCAGCGGCGUCUGGAGGUGAAGAGGCGGCUGCUGGAGGAGCUGGCCAGCGCCCCUCCACCGGCCAUGGCUCCGGGCGUCACCGGCCUGCGCAACCUGGGCAACACCUGCUACAUGAACUCCAUCCUACAGGUUCUCAGCCACCUCCAAAAGUUCAGAGAGUGUUUCCUGAACCUCGACCCUUCCAAAACGGAGCAGCUCUUUUCCAGAGCCACCAAUGGGAAGGCGCCUCUCUCGGGCAGGCUGGCCAGCAGCUCGGCCACCGAGCUAUCACCAAGGACCUACAGGGCUGAGUCUUGCGAACGGGACAGUCUCUGCUGGAAUGGCGGGGCCUCCAUCACCAGGAGCCUGGAACUCAUCCAGAACAAGGAGCCCAGCUCGAAGCACAUCUCCCUUUGCCAUGAACUGCACACCCUCUUCCGAGUCAUGUGGUCCGGGAAGUGGGCCUUGGUGUCGCCCUUCGCCAUGCUUCACUCCGUGUGGAGUCUGAUCCCUGCCUUCCGCGGCUAUGACCAGCAGGACGCUCAGGAGUUUCUCUGCGAGCUGUUGCACAAAGUGCAGCAAGAACUCGAGUCCGAGGGCACGACCCGCCGGAUCCUCAUCCCCUUCUCCCAGAGGAAGCUCACCAAACAGGUCUUAAAGGUGGUGAACACCAUAUUCCACGGGCAGCUACUCAGUCAGGUCACAUGUAUAUCAUGCAAUUACAAAUCCAACACCAUUGAGCCCUUUUGGGAUCUGUCCCUGGAAUUCCCUGAACGCUAUCACUGCAUAGAAAAGGGGUUUGUCCCUUUGAAUCAGACAGAGUGCCUGCUUACUGAGAUGCUGGCCAAGUUCACAGAGACAGAGUCCCUGGAAGGGAGAGUCUACGCUUGUGACCAGUGUAACAGCAAACGACGAAAAUCCAAUCCAAAACCCCUUGUUCUGAGUGAAGCUAGAAAGCAGUUAAUGAUCUACAGACUACCUCAGGUCCUCCGGCUGCACCUUAAAAGAUUCAGGUGGUCUGGCCGUAAUCAUCGAGAGAAGAUUGGGGUCCAUGUCGUCUUUGACCAGGUACUAACCAUGGAACCUUACUGCUGCAGGGACAUGCUCUCCUCUCUUGACAAAGAGACCUUUGCCUAUGAUCUCUCCGCAGUGGUCAUGCAUCACGGGAAAGGGUUUGGCUCAGGACACUACACAGCCUAUUGCUACAACACAGAGGGAGGUUUCUGGGUCCACUGCAAUGACUCAAAGCUGAAUGUGUGCAGUGUCGAGGAAGUGUGCAGAACUCAAGCCUACAUCCUUUUUUAUACUCAAAGAACAGUUCAGGGCAAUGCAAGAAUCUCUGAACCCCACCUCCAAGCUCAGGUGCAGCCCAGCAACAACGAGGGCAGACCACGGGCCUUCCCCUGAAUGGGAGGCACAUGUCCAAGACUGGCUUGCUUUCAAACCAUUGGUGUCCGUUCAUCUUUCCUCUGAUAGGAAGCAAGGUUUACUGCAGGAACAGGUUACUAGGUUUGCCUCACUGGGUCUAGAGCAGAGGUGCCAGGUGACUCAUGUGCUAUCAUAAAAUCUGUAGUCACUUUGUUUUGAAUGGAUUUGGAAAGCCCCUCCUUUGAUAAAACAAAUUAAAAGGAGUAACCUGUAUGAAGAGUCUUUCAUCAGUUACUCCUGAAUAUAGAGGGAUCUGGGUAGAGCGAAAAAGGAGUAAAUUGAUCAUGUCCAGCCAGGAGAGCAGCCAUGCUUUCUUUCCAUUAUGUGGUUCCCCUGCUAAUCAGGACCUCCCUGCAGCACCAGAAGAAUCCCCUGAUGUGAGCAGCCCAGGACAGAGCACAUGAGGAGGGGCUCUGGGCUGGCAGCUUUCAGGAUGGGAUUGGUUCCAAGGCAGCAGGUGAAGUCUAAGGAAUUGCUCCUAUAAAGGAGUAAUCUUCAAGGGUUGAAAACUUACAGACUUACUUUUUGUGGGGAUAGCAGUUGAAGAGUAGAAUGAGAUGCAUGGAACAAAUUUCCUCAUGCAAAAUGGGAGGUUUUUCAUAUGUCAUACCUUCCCUGGCUGCUGCUCAUUUAAUCAUUCCACAUCUUCUGAGACUGGCAUCAACAUCCCUCCAUUCUAAAGGAGCAGUUCAUAUGGGGAAGCAAUAAAUGGGCACAUGACAUGUUCUUUGUAGCCUAAGGGCACUCCUGGCUACCCAGUUCUGUAGCAAAUCCCUGGUUCAGGUCAGGUCAAGGUCUAGGGUUUGGUUUAAAUUCGUCUUUAGGUCAGUUGUCUGAGGCUUUCUCAGAACUCAGUUGAGGGUGGGCGGGAACAGCCGGUGGCCCAGGGCUUAUUUGAAUGCCUGUACCCUGUUCUCACCUGGUGCAGUAUGCAGCUUUUCUUAGCUCACAGCGUCUUUCUUGCUCCUGGAGGGUUAGAGCAUUAUUGUUCACAAUUUUGGGGAGCUUUUGCUUUCCUAGGGCUUAGGAAUCUGCUCCCCUAUAUGUCUGAACAGUUUACUGCUGAUGGCUCUGGCUUGUUUCCUUUCAAAUCUUAUAAUCCCUCCUGUUUCUUUACCCAGCCACAAAGUCCACCAGAGAAAGCAAGAGUGCCCUGUCCUUUACUCCAGCGCUAGCAAAACAGAUCUUUCUACACUGGGUCAGUUUCUAAGUGGAAUGAAAUUGUCCAGGUGGAAACCUUCCACGCCAUCAAGCACCACUGAACUUCCCUUCUUAACUGCACUUAGACUCACCAGUGCAAGUGAAUGCAAACUGUAACUCUUCUUGUGGGGUUGCUGCAGGCUGCCUCAGCUUAUCAUAUGAAAGCUCAUCUUUUGACUGAGUAUGUCAUAUUAACAUUUCAAUUCAGGUAGAAGUACAGUUGUCACUUGAAGGGAGUAAAUAUGGAAGGGAGUUUGGGGAGGGGUGGGAAGUUGAGAAAAGAGAGGCUAACAAAUUAACAAAUGAGAGUCGUAGCUUUAGCGCUGUCGAUGAGCCACAUCCUAGAGCAGAUCUGGAACAUUUGUUUUUACCUCUUUUGAGAUUAAUUCUCCCAAAGGACUUGCCAGACAGCACUGAGACAUGGAGGAAAUUCAGACAGAAAAUGGCUCACCCUGAUAAAGAAGGGGGAGUGACUAUAUUUUAUAUUAAACUUGCUUUUUCCAACACUGUGAGGUUUCUGUAAUAUUUAGCUUUUAUUUGGAAGCGAUAGCGUAUGGCAUUUUUUAUGCUGUUUGGUUUAUAUUGUCUGCUGCAGGCUUCUUUGUAUAAGCUCAGCCUGGGCUCACUCUCUCCUGGACACUGUUUUAAAGUGUCACAGCUGCGCACACCGCCAGAGGCUCUGAUGUGAAGUUAUACUCUCCAUAUCCACGUUUUCAAAUCAGCAUGAUUGGUGGUGACUUUUUGUGGCCGUAGAAAAGCCCAUUAACUAAAAAAGCCCCAGGAGAGUAAAAGGAAAGGAAAAUAUAAAUUGUGCCUCAUCUUUCAUUGAAUGCUGUAUUUAUUAUUCUAGAAAAAGAGAACUUACAAAUGGAGAACUAAUAAAGCAUCUACUUCAUCCCUCAGGCUGUCCGAGGAAAUAUUUAAGAAAAGUGAACAUUUAGUGGAAAAUUAAAAGAUCUUCAAAUUUAAUUUUUAAAAAUAGUUUUAUACCAAAUAUAAGGCAUAUUAACAGAUUAAAACUUUGUAAAAUAAGUCUUAACUUAGCUGAGCACCCCUGUAUCAAAUUAACAAACUUGUUCAAAAUGAGUUGGCGUAGCCACCAACAUCAGAGUCCUCACUGAGCUGCACGCUCUUGGAGGUGUCCCUGCAGUCACAGACUCCUCAGGUACCCACAGGCAGCAGCACUAGACGCUGUUGAAACGUUAGUAUUUAUAAAGAUUUUUAUUAAAGGAGUUCCCUGCUACAGAAGCCAAUGGCCGUUGUGAGGGAAAUGUCCCUCUGCCUUUAAUUUAUUUACAUAUUGGAAGUAGAUGAAUUUCUUAGUUGCAUCUUACUUUAAAUUGAAACAUUCUAAAGAGAAGAAAAUAAGAACCAGGUAGAAGUUGCCUAGAUGCUGCCAAAUCAAACCCAAGAUCUCCUAACUGUGAACCGCACGGACCUGCUUCUCUCUCAGACUAGUUAGAGUCCUGUUCCAGGAGCCUGUAGCAGUUGGCUGGUGUGUUUACUUUCUGCUGUAGCCAGCCAAGAUGAAUGCACCCUGGCCCUCACAAAGGAUUUUUACCUCAGUCUAGCUUGACCUUCAUAUUUGUGGUUGCCUCGGAGAUGAGCAUCCAUUCUAGUGUAAAAAAGAUUAGGAAUGCCCUCAACAGCCAGAAACUGAAGCUCUUAUUAACUGGUGGACAGAGCUCUUGCCAGCUUUGAUCCAGCCCCUCCCAGGCUGAGGGGGGUGGUGCCACACUCUAAAGAAUUUCCAGAUGUCUCUUUAAACGUCAUGAAUAAAAUUGGAAACUGUAGAAGUGUUAAUGUGUCCUAUGGACUCAAUAGCAGAGUUUAUUUUUGUUUUUAAUGGCAAGGUUCCUAGAGUCAGUGAUUGUAUGAGUUCCCUUCUCUGGCUUACAGUUCUAUCUUAUUACAAAAACAAAUGGGGUGGGUUGGCUGGCAGUGGGGCAUGGCCCUAGCCAGGCCCCAGCAUAAGCCUGAGAGAGGUCAACAGUAGUGCAGAAUGAAAACUUGGUUGGGUGUGGGGGGUGGGAUGUGGGGGUGGUAGGCAGGGAAGGAGAAAUGGGAGUUUGUUUUACUUACUGAUAAAGCUUUGUGAACUAAUUUUAUACAAUUCAUAAAAUUUGGUGCCUUGUACCCAAUUAUGGUUUGCAUGGGAUUGAAAAGAUUAAGGGAAAGGAUUCCUUCUUGUCAUUUCAAGUGGCAAAUUGGUCUGUAUAGUGUAAAGGACGUUUGGUAUCAGACUUUUAAAAGCGUUUCAUAUCUCAUGUGUGAAAGGAAAUUAUUCUUACCAGCAAGAUCUGAAAUUUUACUGUAAUGCCCAAAAUCUGUAUUUGUUAUUAUUCAUGAAAUGUCUACUUUUCAAGCAGACUAUGUACCCCAUUCUUUUUCACCACCCUUCUUAUGUUCAAAACAUUAACUCAAGCCUUUUGAAAUCAGGCUGGGAGGGCCACCCCUUCCUAACCAGAUACUACACCCCAUCUGGGGUUAUAUCCUAGGAGUGGAAGGGUUGCUUUUCCAGCUUGGUGGGAGAGCACAAAUGUUCAAAAAAGGCCUUUUUGUUUUUCUAAUGCUGGGCAACUUAUGGUAGAAGUCAAACAAAAAUGGGUUCCCUGAAAUAACUACCUUCAUUAGUUCUAAAGUUCUUUUGCAGAAAAGAAAGCAGUGUAGAACACAAUCCCCUAUAUGUGAACCUUUAGUUUAGAUUGUAAGGCAAGCCAGUGCACUGUGUAACGUGCAAAAGAGAAGACUCGAACCCAUCGCAGCCCCUUUCCCUGCAGGUGUCAGCUGGGAUGGUGCUGAGUGGCUGUGGGAGGUGAGACCCAGUCUGCUCACCUGUCAGCUGUUUACAGCAAUGUCCUUUUAUUCCGACCUCAAGGUUUCCACUGAUUUCAUGAGACUUCACCAAAUGGUGUUUCAAAAGCUCACCACUCAGAGCACAUUUAAUCAAUGGGUCCCUCAGCCUAACUACUGGCUUAAUUAGGUGAGGAGGCUCUAUCUUUGGAUAGAACCUUCCAUGGCCACUUAGUUUUUUACCAGGUAACUAUGCAUCUCCCUGGUGGCUCAGAUCCUUUCAAGUCAGCACUACAGCUGAACGCGCCUUCCAAAUAUGACUGUGAGUUUAGUUUGUAUCUUCCACAUUUAAGUUAACCCUCCUCUUGGUCUAUGGCCUUGACUUUAACCACUGUGGACUCAAUCCACACAUUGCCUGAAGUACACCAUAGCUACUACAGCAUUGAGGUGGUCAUUUUUGUGGACUCUUUCUAUACUUACUCUACUGCCAUGUUUCCAUUUAAAAUCUAAGUAGGUAGUGUAAGAGAUUUUCAUAGCACUGUGUUAAUUAGCCAGGGCUGACAACUGACAGGAUGUAAAGCUGACUUCCCUUGGGGAGUUACGUGUUGGAAUAGUGAAAGCCAGCACUUUCAUUUAUAGAAUGAUUACUCGUUAUGAUUUUUGAAAUUGUAGAUUUGGUUGCUUUAUUUGCUAGUCUUACGACUUUGAGGAAUUAAGCAGUUUAAAUCAAACUUGACUUUACCAGCAUAUGGCUUUACAAACCAACCAACAGUGAACACUAUUACUUGAAGCUAAAACAUUGUUUUUAAAAAUAAUUUUAAAAUGUUUUAAAUUGCAGUUGACAUACAAUAUAAAACAUUAAAUUUUGAAUGAAAUUUCAAUGCUUUUGAAAGCUACCAUAUCCUAAUUUUUGCUGGGUUUUGAUUUUUAACUUUGAAAAGUUUUAUGAAAUAGAACUGUUCACAAUUAUGAGAUCUGGUAGCAGACUUCAAGGAUAUGUUUCAUUGUUAUAAAGAACAGGAGAUGCUCAUAUUGGUCCUAGCAGUGGUCCGAUGCAGGUGGGAAGGGGCUUAGAUCUAUGCUGUAGCAUAAAAGUUUCCUUCCUGGUCACCAUUCUGGGGUUGAUGGCUUCAAACGUAAGCCUUGCUCUCAUAUACAUGACCCUUCCUCAUCUUAACACUCGGUUAGACAUAAACCUGUCAAAUCCUCAGUGAUCCCACUGUAGACUCUUAAAGAGUCAUGGUUUCAUGUUAAGCCAGCCACAGCCCUGAAUUCACUGGCUCAAACUCACUCCUCCUAACAGAUGGGACCUACCUGAUUAAUACUCACAAGGAAAUGGUACUUUUUAAUAGAAAAUAUGUUAAAAAUCAAAUUCUCAAACAGCUUUCUUAAUGAGAUUUAUGCCUGCAGGGUCAAGAGGGACUAUUUUGUCCUAUUUACCUUUAGUAAACAGGUUGCUUGACAACAUCUGUCAACUGUAACAAUUAGGCCACUGUGGUACAUUUUUACUGACCCUCCCUUCCAAUUCAUGUCCCUUAUCCCACACCAGUUCCAUUGAGAGACUUGGCAUGGAAAAUCAGUAUUUUUUUAAAUGCCUAGUAGAGUAAAUCAACUAGGAGAAAAGUUUUCAAGGGGAACCUAUCUCUAUCUCCACAUCUCUCCUUACAUGAGUCUUUCUAAGCCAGUUUGUUAUAUAUUCCAUUGUUCGUUACAUACUACCAUGAAUUUCAGGGUCAGAAAACCUAUUUCUUUGUGAAGGAAGCAGUUUUCUCAAGCAGGCAGCUGCUCACUUUAGUGCCCAUUGCCCAGACUUAUUUAACACCUUGCCUCCACCUGCACAUCACUGCCCUUUCUGCCAAUAAAUCCCAUUCUAUUACAGCAACAAUGCCUCCCUGGUGCCUGGAAAACCCACCUGGUGCACUAACCAGCUAUGCAACACCAAAUGGCUUCUUCCCCUAGUAAUGCUCAAAAAUGGAAAUUCCUCAGUAAGCUUUAUCCUGUUAACAUCUUUUUUUCCCCUUUUAAUAUGAAGCAAACCACCUCUGUCACAACCAUGUUUGGGGCUUGUUCCAGUCUCUUUUGAGUGUGAAAUAUAAAUCAUGUUUUUAUGAUUUUUGUAAAUCGACUUUUUACACCUUGUUUUUGUAAGAUGAAGUUUCUUAUUAAAAGAAUUUAAAAUGGC